ACUGAGACAUGUGGUUGUCUCCCCAAGCUACUUUAAGGUGAUGGUACUACCUGUCAGUUCUUCUGGAUACGAGUGUGUGUUGAAUGACUAACAUGUUUAUGUGUAUUUGUGUUCCUCGCUGCUGUCGAUGGUUCCUGUGUCUCCAGACUGAUCGCCUCAUUAUCAAAGGAGGAAAGAUCGUUAAUGACGACCAGUCUUUCUACGCAGACAUCUAUGUGGAGGAUGGCACCAUCAAGCAGAUUGGUGAGAACCUUUUAGUUCCAGGAGGGGUGAAGACUGUUGAUGCCUACGGACACAUCGUGAUCCCCGGUGGCAUCGAUGUGAACACCAGCCUCCAGACCUCCCAGCUGGGAAUAAGCCCUUCAGAUGACUUCUACCACGGGACCAAGGCUGCCCUGGCAGGGGGCACCACCAUGAUCAUUGACCAUGUGGUCCCUGAGCCUGGUGCCAGCCUCCUGGGGGCCUACGACCAGUGGAAGGACAUAGCAGACAGGGGGUCCUGCUGUGAUUACUCCCUCAUGGACAUCACCCCUGGCACGAGUCUGGUGAAGGAUAAAGGUAUUGGACUCUUUGAAGAGAUGGAGAGUCUGGUGAAGGAUAAAGGAGUCAAUUCCUUCUUGAUCUUCAUGGCUUACAAGGACAAAUUCCAGAGCUCAGAUAGUCAG